UCUUCCUGUCUUCUGCAUCUUGCUCUGUCACACCAGAGAAACAUAAUAAUAAAUAAUGAUAACGAGCAGGAAGGGGGUCAGAGAGGGGAAAUUAAUUCCAUUUCGUCUUAUCCGCAUCAUUUAUUGUUAAUAGCUUCGAAAGUUCUGCUCCGUGUAUGUUGGUUAGGUUACGUUUUCCGCCUCACGCUGAGUUUCUCUUCUGUGUAAUCGGGACAGUCAGCUGUAAGUUUCGCUUGGCGCACAGCAACGCACCGAUAACACCAUCUGAUCCACCUCCUGACUUUCAUUCCAACAAUGUUUUCCUGGGGGGAGGACACCGGUCAUUGCUUUGGUGUAAAAACACGGAGCGGCUCAAACUCAGCUCGAACAGAACACGGGAUAACGUUUUCCCAUUUAAAGUCGCAAAUCAAAGAUGUUUCAGCGAGCGGCAGGUUGGUUGCUUUCCUCAAAGGCGAUGGAAGCGUGCGCGUCAUCCGCAGCCGUGAGGAGGCAGACGGCAGGACGGUCCGAGGAAGACCCAAGAACGUGAACCAUAAAGAGAAGAUCCGCGCUGUGGGUUGUGGAGAUGAUACUGCAAUUCUGUUGUCUGAAAAUGGCAAUAUCCUCAGCCUGGACUCAUCUCAUGUGCUCAGGCCCAUGUUACCUCACAUCCAAGUAAACCAGGUUGCUUGUGGAAACCAUCAUUCACUUACCCUUACAAAAGAUGGCCAGGUUUAUGUGUGGGGCCGGGACACUUGUGGCCAGCUUGGUCUGGGAAAAGGAAACCCCAACACUGUGCCACCCACUCACCUCAAGUGUCUGUCAGCAGUCCCUGUAGUUCAGAUCUGUGCUGGGGGAGAGCACAGCUUCUCCCUGACCCUCUCUGGAGCUGUGCUGGGCUGGGGCAAAAACUCCUGUGGACAGCUCGGGCUAGGGGACACAACAGACAGAAAUAUCCCGACCCCUGCUCAUUAUCUCACCACGAAGAAAACGGUUUACAUCACCUGUGGCGAGGACCACACUGCAACUCUAACGAAGGAUGGCACCGUUUUUACAUUUGGCUCUGGGCAACAUGGACAGCUUGGGCACAACUCACUUCAAAAUGAACUACGCCCUCGUCUGGUUGUGGAGCUCUUGGGGGCAAAGGGCAGGAAGAUUGCUUGUGGAAGACAUCACACGUUAGUUUUAACAGAUUCAAAGAAGGUCUACUCCUUUGGCCUGGGGGAGCAGGGGCAGCUGGGACGUGGAGCAGCAGGGAAUCAAUCAGUGCCUCUGCCCGUUCACCUCACACACGAUAUAUUUGCUGGUCAUGAAGUUGAACACAUAUACGCAGGAGGAAACUGUUCUUUUGCCAUGUGCACUUGGCAGCAGGAACCUGCUGCGGGGGCACAUGGUGUGAGUGACGGGGAUGUAGUCCAGCUGUCCCUGGAUACUAUGGUGGACACCUGUCUCUCUGACAGCGACAACAAACCAUGGAAAACCACUCGAAAGGAAAUCCAGAAAACGUUUUCCUCAGCAUGCUGCAUGAACAGAAGUUUCCUUGACAGAAGGAACGACAGCCAUUUCCAAACGUCUCUAACGUAUUCGGGUCUGAAUAUGUCGCUUGCACGGGCAGCUUUCCAGAAGCUGGUGAGAGAAAAACGAGUGCUGGCAGAGGUUAAAAAUGCUAUUAUGCAAAAGCUGCUUCCUUCUCUUGGUGAGAAGCCAGCCGGAGUGGAGGGAUUGAGAGUCUACCUGCUUCUAAUGGAGCUGCUGUGGGUUCUGCAGAAACAUGAGCAUCAUCAGAGUACAGAACUAUCCGCCGCAGUGGCUGCAGCCAUCGUAAGACUGCCUAAAGACAGCCUGCAGGUCUUAGGAGUUUGGUGGUUGUCACUGAAGUGCUCCUCCAGGAUCAAACAUGUUGAGAUGUGGAAGCAGGCCCUGUCAUGUACUCUUACGUACAGUAAUUUUCCUCGCACCAAAACACUUAAAGACCUUCUACGAGUCCUUCAGCAUCUACAUGAAGCAAAUAAGAAGAUUGCAAGGCCUAAGAGAGUGGAGGAAAAGGUGUUUUGUUUGAAUUUUCCAUUCAACCCGCUGUUUCUUGGAGAAGACCUAGAACUUUGGCGUAUGAUGUCGAGUAAACAGGAUGGAAGUGAGAUGCUACCUGCCCUUUGCCACUUCCCAUUUCUGAUGGAUCUGGAAUGCAAGAAAACUGUUUUUGAAAUCAACGCAUAUGCCACAAAGAUGUUUGGCCGAUUUGAAUUGUGGCUGUGUCGGGCAUCACUUGUGGAAGACACCUUCCAACAACUUCUUUACAUUGAUCACACCACCUUCAAGAAGGCACUUGUGGUCCAUUUAGAUGGAGAUCCAAAAACCACAAAUGUCUACAAAACAGAUUUCUUUCUUCAUUUGUUUGAUAAGUUGAUGUUACCCGAAUCUGGGAUGUUUAUGUACAAUGACUCCGAAACACUGGUGUGGUUCCCUUCAAAGCCAUCAAGAGGGGAUGAGCGAUUCUUUCUUUUUGGAGUCCUCUGUGGCUUGGCUUUGCACAACAGCUCCAUCAUACACCUCCCCUUCCCUACGGCUUUGUUCAAAAAGCUGCUUAACGUGGAGCCUUCUCUAGAGGAUCUGAUCGAGUUCAGCCCAAGUGUGGGAAGGAGUCUGCAGUGUAUCUUGGAAGACUACGAAGAUGACGAUAUAGAAAACCUAGACAUGAGUUUUUCAAUUGUCUGGGAUGGCGUUACUGUUGAACUUGAUCCCGAAAUUCCUGAAAAGCCUCUGACAAGUCAGAAUAAGAAGGAGUUUGCGGAUGCCUAUGUGAACCAUUGUUUCAAUGCGUCAGUGGAAGAGGUGUUUGAGAAGUUCAGAGAUGGUUUCCUCAUGGUAUGUGACCAGGACGUGGUGGAGCUGUUCCGGCCAGAGGAGCUGAGGCAGCUGAUGGUGGGCACAGAAAGCUAUGAUUGGGGAAAGCUGAAAAAGAACACAGUUUAUGACAACGUGUACCAUGCCCACCAUCCCACCAUUGAGAUGUUUUGGGAGGUUUUUGAGGAACUGAGUGAAGAUCAGAAGAAAGCCUUCCUGUUGUUCCUGACCGGCAGUGACCGGGUGCCUGUUCUUGGCAUGGACCGGAUUCAGAUGAGGGUUCAAGUUCAGCCAAACUCAACCCAGCAGCAUUUCCCCGAGGCACUGACAUGCCACUCUAUUCUGAACCUGCCCUUAUACCAAACCAAGGAGAGGCUGAGGGCCAGGUUUCUAGAGGCCCUCAGCCACAAUAGAGGCUUCUUUGACUGAUGAUCUACUGAAAAUCUGUAUUAUGAGGGUAGAGAGGAUGAGAAACACUUUUUAAAACUGUUUAAGAAGGAAUAAUCUGUUUUCAUGUCUUUGUGUGUGUAACACAGUUGUCCAGCGGUUAGCAUUGUUUGCUCACAGCAAGAAGGUCCUGGGUUUGAACCCCAGGCCAUCCCAGGUCCUUUCUGUGUGGAAUUUGCAUGUUGUCCCAUGUCUGUGUGGGUUUCCUCCAGGUGCUCCGGCUUCUUCCCACCAUCAAAAAGACAUGCAUAGUGGGUCUGCGGUGGUGUAGCGGUCUGAGCAUUGGUUUUGUGUCGAUGCAGUUGCCCACUGGGGACCGGGGUUCGCGCCCUGGUCUCGUCAGAUCCGACUAUGGCCGGACUUGAUCAAGCAGCAAUAAUUGGCAAUGCUGUCUUCAGGAGGGGGGCGGAGUCGGCUUGUGUUUGUCACAUGAAUGCAUCUCUGGGUGUGUCGGAAAAAGCAGUGGUUCGGCCUGGAUUCGCCUUGUCAUGAAAGUGGCGAGGCAUCUCCUUCGAGACUGCCGGCCGGAGAGAUGCAGUUGGUGAAUGCAUGCAGUACAGGGGUGGGUGUUUGAACUAAAAGAGGGAUCGAUUGGCCACUAAAUUGGGAGAAAAAGGGAAAAAUCAGAAAUAAAUUUAUAAAAAAAAGACAUGCAUGUCAGGGUUCAUACUCCUCCUGUCUGUGCCCCUGAGCAAGACAAUGGAAAGAAGAACUGGAGUUGGCCCCCGGCUGCUGCAGCUGCCCACUGCUCCUAUACAAUAGGAUGGGUUAAAUGCAGAAGACGAAUUUUAUUGUAACCUGUACAAUGACAAAAUAAAGUGUCUUUCUCUCUUCUCUUCCUCUUUUUGAUGGUAACUAAACAUGAUUUAUGUAAUUUGUGGCAUAAUUCAGCAAGUUUGGUAAAUUUUAAUUUGAAUCCUCUAUGAAUUUUUACUUGCAUCCCUGUUGGUGUGUAGCUCUUGUGAACUUAAACUAUUUGCACUUGAAUGACAUGAACUCUUCACUAAACGUCUGCGAUGCUGAUUUGUGGCAUCGUCCAGACGUUCUGUAAUUUGAAUCUUCUUUUACACGUGUCAUUAUUGAUCUACAAACUGCAUUUACACCAGCUGCGCUUGACAUCACAUGUACACUUGGCUUUGAUUUAACAGCUGUGUGGUAUUUAGUGCCCCACAGUGCCUGCAGGUUCACGAUUCCUGCAGUGCACAUAGUGUUUGAAAAAACAAGGUCAAAUAUUGUCAUUAACAUGAAAAACUAUUUUUGUGUGACUUUGUUGUGAACAGAAGGAUAUGGGAUCAUUGUUAUUCUGUCCUACGUGUUUGUGUCCAUGUAUAAACAGGCCGACAGAUAGCCAACAUGAAGAAUCCCAAAGAAAUACAGAGUCCCGGUCCAAGUUGAGGAACUUUACUGAAGAACUUUGAGAAUUCAGCCCUUUUUUGUAAAACUGUAAAGGGGGGCAAUA